GACGCCUGGGGUGUUUUCGUGAUGCCUUCGUAAUGCCCAAUGCGUAUCAAUCGUUCGGCAUAAUUACGUGUAUCUCACCAUCAAGGGUAGCAUUAUGCUUGGAUUUGAUGCAAGCACCUUAUGACGAAAAGACGCGCAACUAUGAGUCACCAAACCUCGGUGUAUCUGGUCAUCGCUCCAUUUGUCAAGUUCGCCCCAUGAGAAAUUUAACCGUCGCAAUGAGACAGGGAGCUCAGUGAUGUCACUGCUCUGUACUUCUUUUAAUCAUUAUAUUGCCCUGGUACCGAAAGCUGUUCUUUAUAGCUAAAGUGCCUAGUUUGCAACUCUUAAGUACCCUAGACUUCUUCGAUAUGUUGGACGUGUUGAAAGCAACGAAUAAUCCUAUCUUACAUAAUUAUGGAAUACUGAAAAGUCACUUAUAUGAAGGGAACGUGUCUGAGAUUCAAUGGACGUGGAAUGGUAUCCUUCGAUCAGUAUUCAGUCUGACCAUUGCAUACUUUGUCCUACAGAUUUCGUACAAUUUAUGGUUCCACCCUCUAAGAAGAUUUCCUGGUCCGUUCCUGGCCAGAUCAACGCUACUCUGGCGAUUCUAUUAUUCAGUAGGUGGCCGCUUCCAUCGUCAUGUUGAAGCAUGCCAUAAACGCUAUGGCGAGGUAUUCCGUGUCAGUCCUAAUGAACUAUCGUUCUGUAGCGUCGAAGCUCGGAAGGCCAUAUAUACCCCUCGACAAGGUGGUGCGGCAAGAAUACCAAAGAACGAAUUUUAUGAACUGAUUAACUCUGGUUUUGAGGUUGCUUCGCUGGGUACUGAAAUUGACCCUGUUCUGGGUCAGAAAAAACGAGAAUAUUUUGCUUCGGCAUUCUCAGCCAAAGGCCUAAGCCAACAAGAGCCCGCGAUUCAGAGGAACAUAGAUGCCUGGAUCCAGAAGCUAGGCCGAUUGGGUACGGCCGGUGAAGGUCUUGACAUGACCAAAUGGUUCCAGUACCUGAGCUUUGAUAUCUUUGGAGAGAUGGCAUUUGGCGAAUCCUUCGGCUGUGUCGAACAAGAAAGAUCUCAUUACUGGCUUGAUCUAGUUCUUGGACAUAUGCUUGUUAUUACUAUCAUGGAUAAUGUACGACGCAUUCCGCUCGCUCUGUUCCUCGCGCGUUCGAUACCCUCCAAGUGGACUGUUGGUAUCCGCAAUGUCUUCUCCCGUUUCGCCCAUGAAAAGGUUUCGGCACGAAUGGAAAAAACUGGCGAGCAGCAUGAUUUCCUUGAAAGCGUCGUUGCCAUGGUUCGAAGUGGCAAGAUGUCUCGAGAAGAAUUGGCUUCUCACGCAUCGGACUUGGCUCUAGCGGGGGGGGACACUACUGGCACGGUCAUGGCUACAACGACAUACUAUCUUCUUAAGCACCCGAAAAUACACGAGAAGCUCAAACAGGAAGUACGAUCGCACUACAGCACUUAUGAAGACAUUAAUAUUGCUUCGACGACACAGUUGAUCUACCUCAACGCCGUGCUCAAAGAGAGUAUGCGUAUAUUCCAGCCUGCUCCGCAGGGCACACCACGCAAAUCACCAGGUUGGCCAGUAGGCAGCUACUAUGUACCUGAAGGGACCGAGUUUUAUGUCUCUCCUUGGGCGCUGACCCAUGAUGAGAAAUACUUCCACGAACCGUACGCCUUCAAACCAGAACGCUGGAUUGAUCCAGAGUGCCGUGAUACCACCGAUGCGAGUCAACCUUUCAAUGUUGGCCCCAGAGCCUGCCCUGGAAAACUUUUCGCCUAUGGGCAAAUGUGUUCGCAACUUACAAAAAUGAUUUAUAGCUUUGAUAUGGAACUUGUGGAUGAGAAUCUCGAUUGGGAAUCCACUUGUAAAAUGCAUUUCCUGUGGUGGAAGCCAGAGUUGUUUGUAAGAUUCAGGCCAGUUGAGGUUUAACGCAAGAAGUAAAACACCCACCCAUAGUGCUGUGCAAUACGAUUAGUGUAGCAGUACUAGUUGACAAGACUGAUUCCACUUGAUGUCCGCUUGAAUCAAGUCUCUGUUUGUGCACUAGAAUGAGAAGUCAUGAUUUUCUUGCGUCACUCGGAAACGGCUUGCUUACAUUCAUGGACUGUAUGCUUGGGCCACCUCAGGGUGGUGGACCAUAUCGCUUUGUCUAAUCAUACCAGUAAUAGAAUUAUCGACCACGCGAAAAACCCAAGUUCAAAUGGACGAGGAUCUUGGCUGUAUGUAAUAUUGGAAGCAAUCUAAUUCUGCUCCGAUUUUCUUUCCUGAUCCGUAUGUCGAGCUUCACUACAUUUCUCAUGUAUCCAAUGAUCCAAGAAUGUACCAAAAGGGCGGUACCGAGAAACAACCAACGCUCAAGCC